UGAAAAGCGGCUAUUUUUAUUUGGCUUAAAACUAAGCGAGCAAAUAGCAGAUUUUCUCUGUAGUCCAUCUGAUUCUGCACUUCCUCUUUGACCGAUUGGAAUUUCUUUUGUCAUUCCUAUCAACGCAUUAGUCAUCCGCCAGCUUCUGCCGGCGGUGCUUUGAGGUUGAAGGAGGAAAUUUUGAGAAUUUUGAUGCAGUUUCACUGUAGAGUUUAAUUGGAUCCAGCUUUGAUUCUUCCUUUUAAGGAUUUUGGAUAAAAUUGUUGUUUUUAGUUUGUUAAAAUGAGUGUUGUAGGUUUUGAUAUUGGAAAUGAGAAGUGUGUAAUUGCUGCUGUAAAGCAAAGAGGUGUAGACGUGUUGCUGAAUGAUGAAUCGAAACGUGAAACCCCGGCUUUGGUAUGCUUUGGAGAGAAGCAGAGAUUCCUUGGCUCUUCCGCAGCGGCUUCUGCCAUGAUGCACCCGAAAACUACAGUAUCCCAAGUGAAAAGGUUGAUUGGUAGGAAGUUUCAGGAACCCGAUGUUCAGAUUGAGCUAAGAGUGUUACCAUUUGAAACAUCAGAGGGUCAAGAUGGUGGCAUUUUGAUUCACUUGAAGUAUUUAGAAGAGAUGCAUCAAUUUACUCCGUUGCAGAUUAUGGCGAUGCUGUUUGCACAUUUGAAAUAUAUGACGGAGACCAAUCUGGGACUUCCUGUUUUGGAUUGUGUUAUCGGGAUUCCUUCGUACUUUACCGACUUGCAAAGACGUGCCUACUUGGAUGCUGCUGCAAUUGCCGGGUUGAAGCCUCUGAGAUUGAUGCAUGACUGUACUGCAACUGCACUUGGUUAUGGGAUUUACAAAACAGAUUUCUCCAUUGCUAGUCCGACAUAUGUUGCCUUUGUGGAUAUUGGCCACUGCGAUACCCAGGUCUCGGUUGUGUCGUUUGAGGCUGGGCAAAUGAGGAUACUGUCCCAUGCUUUUGAUAGCAGCCUAGGUGGAAGGGACUUUGAUGAGAUAUUGUUUGGAUAUUUUGCGGCAUGUUUCAAAGAGCAGUAUAACAUAGAUGUAUGCUCUAACAUCCGGGCUUCAAUCAGGUUAAGGGCAGCAUGUGAGAAACUGAAGAAGGUUUUGAGUGCAAAUGCGGAGGCGCCUCUAAAUAUUGAGUGUCUGAUGGAUGAAAAGGAUGUCAAAGGUUUCAUUAAGAGGGAGGAAUUUGAGAAGUUGGCUUCGGGUUUGCUGGAGAGGAUCAACAUUCCUUGUGCUAAAGGUAUAGCUGAUGCAGGGUUAACUGUGGGGAAAAUCCAUGCUGUUGAGCUAGUGGGAUCGGGGUCCAGGAUACCAGCUAUAACAAGACAGUUAGCUUCUUUAUUUAGAAGAGAACCCUGUCGGACCAUAAAUGCAGGUGAGUGUGUGGCACGAGGAUGUGCUCUCCAAUGUGCAAUGCUUAGUCCCAUAUUUCGUGUUAGAGAUUAUGAGGUUCAAGAUUGUAUUCCAUUCUCCAUAGAAUUAUCUUUGGAUGAAACCCAGAUUUUGCAAGGCACAAAUAAUGUGAUGUUCCCGAGAGGCCAGACGAUUCCUAGUGCUAAAGUUCUGCAAUUACAGAGAAGUAGUAAGUUCCAUUUGGAAGCCUUCUAUGCCAAUCCAAACGAACUCCCUUUCAGCAUACCCUUGAAAAUAAGUUCCUUCACUGUAUGUCUAACCUUUAUCGAAUAUUUCUUGUUUUCGAUGGAAUUGACCAGUUUACGGAUUGAUCAUCAUUUGGUUUUACAGAUUGGCCCUUUCCAAAGCUCCAAUACUGAAAAGGCAAGGGUUAAAGUCAAAGUUCAAUUAAACCUUCAUGGAAUCAUCACUGUUGUGUCGGCUAUUGAGCACGUAGAUAAUUCCGGGAUGAGCACAGAGGAUGCCCGACACAUAAUGAAUGGCAGUGAAAAUGGUACCUCAAAUGCUUCAGCUGAUGGUAAAACGAAUGAUAAAACAACCGAGAGGCUUGAUAUACCAGUUUGCGAGAACAUAAACGGUACAAUGACAAAGGUUGAGCUGAUGGAAGCUCAAGAUAAAGAACUUAAGUUGGCACAACAGGACCGGACUAUGGAACAAACGAAAGAGAGAAAAAAUGCCUUGGAGGCUUACGUCUAUGGAAUGCGGAAUAAGCUUUUCAACACGUAUCGGGGUUUUGCAUCUGAAAAUGAGAGAGAAGACAUUUCCAGGAGCCUACAGGAGACAGAGGAGUGGCUUUACAAUGAAGGGGAGGAUGAAACCGAAGGCGCUUACACUUCCAAAUUAGAAUUUCUUAAGAAGUUAGUGGAUCCUGUUGAGAUUCGAUAUAAAGACGAAGAGGCAAGAACACAGGCUUCAAGAGAUCUACUCAAGUGCAUUGCUGAUUUACAAAUGUCGACAAAAUCUUUGCCAAAAGAGGAUAGAGAAGCGAUAAUGAAUGAGUGCUACAAAGCCGAGCAAUGGCUGACCGAGAAAACUCAGCAACAAGACUCUUUACCUAAGAACACUGACCCACUCUUAUGGUCAAGUGAGAUUCAGAGCAUGACAGAGGAUCUAAACAUGAAAUGCAAGCAAAUCGUAACACAGAAGGCUCCUCAUCGGGAUGUCGACAACAACGACUAGGACCAUCGAGAAUAAGAUUGAAUGCGUAAGAAACAUCGACAAGUUUACAGUUCACACAUCACACUUAUGCUAGAACAUUGAUCAUAAUCUAGUUUUGACAUUGCAAGACAAGAGUCUGUCGUGAUUUAAUGGAGUUUUCCAAUA